GGGCAACACCCCGGCGUCCCUGGAAGCGGGGAGCCGGGGUGGUGCUGGGGAAGCUGCGCAGAGCCGGGCGCGGUGGCCCAGUGCUUCCCGGGGCGGGGGACAGGUCUUUGGGACCUAGGUGUUCGAGCCCAGAACAAUCAUGGCGGGAAGACCCAUCCGCAUAGGAGACCAGCUGGUUCUGGAGGAAGAUUAUGAUGAGACCUACAUCCCCAGUGAGCAAGAAAUUCUUGAAUUCGCCAGAGAGAUUGGUAUUGAUCCCAUCAAGGAACCAGAGCUGAUGUGGCUGGCACGGGAGGGCAUUGUGGCCCCACUACCUGUGGAGUGGAAGCCCUGCCAGGACAUCACAGGUGAUAUUUACUAUUUCAACUUUGCCAACGGGCAGUCCACGUGGGACCAUCCAUGCGAUGAGCACUAUCGGAACUUGGUGAUCCAAGAGCGGGGGAAGCUGUCAGCCCCUGGAGCCAUUAAGAAGAAAGACAAGAAAAAGAAAAAGGAAAAGAAAGACAAGAAGGACAAAGAGACCCCCAAAAGUCCGCUGGCCCUCGGCUCCUUAUUAGCCCCAGUCCAUGUCCCUCCUGGGGGCCUGGCUCCCUUGAGAGGCCUUGCAGAUGCCCCAGCCUCUGCUCUUCGUGGAUUGCAGAGUGUGAGCCUAGGGAGCUCAGUGGAGUCUGGUCCGCUCGGAGAACCCAUGCUGCCUUCACAGGGUCUCAAGACUUCUGCUUAUACAAAGGGUCUCUUGGGCUCCAUCCAUGAAGACAAGAAUGCUCUCAGCCUCUUGGCUUUAGGGGAGGAGACCAACGAGGAGGAUGAGGUGGAGAGUGACAACCAGAGUGUCUGCAGCUCAAGUGAGCUUCUUAAGAACCUGCACCUGGAUAUUGGGGUGCUGGGGGGUGACUUUGAGUAUGAGGAGUCUCCGAGAACAAGCCAGACAGAAGAGAGGAAGGAUGCUUCUCUGGAUUCCGAUGCUGCAGGGCCCCCCACUCCUGGCAAGCUCCUCAGCCAGGGUGCAGACAGCAGUCUGAGCAGCGCUGAUGGCAAAGGGCAGCGGGGUAGAGGGGUGAGUGCUUGGCUCCUGCAAAAAGAAACGGAUGAGAAGAGUGAUCCUGGGAUGUCCAGGAACGGGGUGGACCCUGGGGGCAGUCAGCCUGCCAAAGCCAACGAAAAGGAGGCACCAGAGGACCCAGCGGAUGCAGGAGAGGGGGGUCCCAGGAAGGGAGAGGCCGAGGCGGUGGAGGAGGCUUCCGACCCCAAAGAGAGCAGAUCAGACUGGAGCAAGGAGUCGGAGAUUAGUGAACAUGUGAAGGAGCUGCAGCUCUCGGACUCCCCCGAUUCUGACCCCAAGUCCUUCCUGGGCCUGGACUUUGGUUUUUGCAGUCGGAUCUCGGAGCACCUGCUGGAUGUUGACGUGCUUUCCCCAGUCCUGGAUGGAGCCCGCUGGGAGGCCCAGAGGCUGGGAAGAGAAGACAAGGAUGGCAGCCAGUCCAGCCAAGAUGAGCUGCAGAGCAAGCAGUCCAGAGGCUCGGAGAGGUACAGUACGUUGUCUCCUCCACUUGUGCCUGGGAGGUGGCGCCAGAGUCCCCUUCACAGCCAGGCCACCGAAGAAGGGCCUCCGCAGGCCUCUGAGGGGCAGCCCAGGCAGGAGCAGGCAGAGGAGCCUGGGGAGGACUCUGCAGUCAGCCCCGUCCCGCCCGGUUCCCUGUGGAGGGAGGAGACCCCAGACCCACCUGCCGCCCACGAGAGGGGCAAGGAGCAGCGCUCCCAGGUCACGGAGCUGGGCCUUGGGCAGGAAGGGGCCAAGGAGCCCGAGGAGAAGGUGGCAGCCGGCCCUGCCCCGCCAGUCUCUCCAGAGGCGCGAUCUACGGAGCCUGCAGCUCCCCCAAAGCAGGCUUCACUGAAGGCCAUGGAAGAGGCCAUGGCCCAGGACCUGGAGCAAGAUCGGAGGCGGCUCCUGGAGUCGAAGCGGGAGAAGAUGCAGCAGCUGCGGGAGAAGCUGUGGCAGGAGGAGGAAGAGGAGACCCUCCAGCUUCACCAGCAGAAAGAGAAGUCUCUCAGUUCCCUGAAGGAGCAGCUGCGGAAGGCCACCGAGGAGGAGGAGACUCAGAUGAGAGAGGAGGAGAGCCGGAGGCUGGCCCAGCUCCGGGCCCAGGUGCAGUCUAGUGCGGAAGCAGAUGAGGGCCGCAUCAGGGCUGAGCAGGAGGCUUCCCUGCAGAGGCUGAGAGAAGAGUUGGAGUCUCUCCAGAAGGCUGAGAGGGCCAGCUUGGAACAGCGGAGCAGACAGAUGCUGGAGCAGCUCAAGGAAGAGGUGGAGGCCUCGGAGAAGAGAGAGCACGCUGCCCUGAAUGCCGAGAAGGAGGCGGCUUUGCAGCAGCUCAGGAAGCAGCUGGAGGGGGAGAGGAAAGAGGCCGUGGCAGCACUGGAGAGGGAGCACAAGGCUGAGCUGGAGCGGCUCUCUUCCUCGCUGGAGGCCAAGCACAGGGAGAUUGCCUCCAGCCUCCAGAAGAAGAUGAAGGAAGCUCAGCAGAAAGAGGAGACCCGGCUGAAGGAGAGCCUCAGUUGGGCAGAGCAGAGGGCUCAUCAGAAGGUUCACCAAGUGCUCGAAUAUGAGCAAGAGCUCAGUGGCCUCCUACGAGAGAAGCGCCAGGAGGUGGAAAGGGACCAUGAAAGAAAGAUGGACAAGAUGAAGCAGGAGCACCAGCAGGUGGUGGCUGAGGCCAGAGAGCAGUACGAAGCCGAGGAGAGGAAGCAGCGGGCGCAGCUGCUGGGCCACCUGACUGGGGAGCUGGAGCACCUGCGCAGGUCGCACGAGCGAGAAUUGGAGGCCAUGAGGCAGAUGCAGGAUAGGCAGCUCGAGGACUUGCAGCGUCGGCAUCGGGAGCAGGAAAGGAAGCUCCAAGAUUUAGAGGUAGAACUUGAAACCAGAACCAAAAAUGUCAAAGCCAAAUUGGCUCAACUGGACCUCCAGGAGGAGACAGCCCUAAAGGAGCAUCAGCAGCUCCUUGAUGUGCAGAGGCAGGUGGCGCUGCAGAGCGAGGAAGUCACAGCCAGCUAUCAGCACUUGGAGGAGGCAAAGAAGGAGCACACCCACCUGUUGGAGUCAAACCGACAGCUCCAAAGACUCCUGGAUGAGCUUCAGGCCCGCAAGAUGGAGCUGGAGUCCCAGGUGGAUGUGCUGCAGACCCAGAAUCGGAGGCUGCAGAAGCACAUCAGCGACCUGGAGGCUGAAGCUCAGAGGAAGCAGGACACACUGAAAGAGCUAGCAGCUAAGGAGAGUAAUGCCUCCCCACAUUCUGAGCCAGAUCUCCACAUUGAGGACCUGAGGAAAUCCCUUGGGACAAACCAGACCAAAGAGGUAUCCUCUUCUCUCUCCCAGAGCAAGGAGGAGACCGACUUGUCCUUGGACAGCCUGGCCUCCCACAGCGUCCGGCACUACCUCUCUGCCGAGGGGAUGGCCCUCCGCAGUGCCAAGGAGUUCCUGGUGCGGCAGACCCGCUCCAUGCGGAGACGGCAGACGGCUCUGAAGGCGGCCCAGCAGCACUGGCGCCGGGAGCUGGCCAGUGCUCAGGAGGCUGCCAAAGAUCCCCCAGGCACCAAGGCCCUGGAAGAUGCGCGCAAGGACCUGGAGGAGGAGACCAGGCACCUGGAUGAGAUGAAGUCGGCCAUGCGGAAGGGCCACGACCUGCUGAGGAAGAAAGAGGAGAAGCUGAAUCAGCUAGAAUCAUCUCUUCGGGAGGAGGCUUCAGAUGAGGACACUCUGAGACGAGCUUCCACCAAGAAGGUGGUGACAUUUGACCUCAGCGACACAGAAGACAUGAGCAGUUCAAGCUCCGAAUCCUGCCCCCUGCCUCACUUCAACCUGACUGCAAGUGCCACCUUCCCCUACAAGUUCCACUACUUGAGCAGCUCCCUGCAGCGGAUCAGCAGCCAGCUGAACGGUGUCCUCAGCAUGCUGGGCAGUCUCAACCCGCAGCCGCCGCCACCACUCUUCACUUCGACACCGGCGCCCACCCCGCCCCGGGACCUCGGGAGCACCCCCAUACCCGCCUGCCCCUCCCUGGCCCGGGUGUCAGCCUGGCCGCCGGCGGUGCCCACAUCCACCCAGUGGGCCUGGGGCCCCGGGCUGGGCCCCACGCUCUCCUCCUCCGUGGCGCAAACAGUGGACGACUUUCUGUUGGAGAAGUGGCGCAAGUAUUUUCCAACUGGAGUCCCGUUCCUCAGCAGCGGCCCCGCCCCACUGGAGAAUAGGCUGGGUUAUGUGUCUGCCAGUGAGCAGCUGCGCCUCCGGCAGCAGUCCCAUCCCCACGGCUCCGGCCCUGAGGCGGGCAGCACAGACUUCCAGAGCAUGAUUGAGGCCAACCGAAAGUGGCUAGAACAUUACAGGAAUGACCCCAAGUUACAUCUCUUCUCUUCAGUGCCCAAGCCGGCAGCUACCUCAGGCCUUCUGCAGCUGGGCCUGGAUGAGAACAAUAGCCUGAGGGUGUAUCGCUACUGAGGCCCCGAGCCUUUCCUGCACCCAGACCAAGUGCCUGAGGAGCUGCCUGCGCUCUAGUCCUUCUGAGAAAGCUUUCUCCUGCCCUAUUUGCUGCUGCCUGCCCCACUCAGAGGAACCCGGCGGCGGGGCCGGAAAGGAUGGUACCACAGGAAUACCGUAAGCCUCCCCCGAGACCACGCA